AUGGUCAAAUUCAACUUACCCAAACCUCUACGUCUUAUGUCUGUCCACAGAGAAAAAGUUGAGUUGGCCUCGUUGCCCCACACCUUCGACAAGCCCAUUCCAUUGGCCGUGAUCGGCGGCACUGGUCUUUAUGACUUGCCUAACCUUAAGCCUGUGGCUAGACUUACAGUAUCUACGCCUUGGGGCUUUCCAUCGGCCCCGAUCACCGUCUCCAUCACGGAGUCCGGUCAUCCAAUCGCCUUUUUGGCCAGGCACGGUCUCCAUCACGACUUGUUGCCUUCAGAUGUGCCUUCUCGUGCUAACAUUGCUGCGUUGAAGAAGCUUGGUGUCAGGGCCAUCAUUGCCUUCUCUGCUGUAGGCUCGUUGCAGCCAGAAAUCAAGCCUAGAGACUUUGUGGUGCCCACCCAGGUCAUUGACCGUACCAAGGGUAUCCGUCCGUCGACAUUUUUCGAGCGUGGCUUCGUGGCACAUGCAAUGUUCGGCGAACCUUUUGACUUAAAGCUCAACAAGAUCAUCUCGGACUCCAUCCCGCUGUCUGGAUUCUUGGAGGGUUUCGAGACCGACGCUAAACCUAUCUUGCACACCAAGGAACACACCAACAAGGGCGAGGACUUGACUGUGAUCUGUAUGGAGGGCCCUCAGUUCAGUACUCGUGCAGAGUCUAGACUCUACAGAACUUGGGGAGGUUCGGUGAUUAAUAUGUCUGUUUUGCCAGAGGCAAAGUUGGCUCGUGAAGCCGAGAUUGCCUACCAGAUGAUUUGUAUGUCGACUGACUACGACUCGUGGAACGAAAGUGAGGAGCCAGUGACUGUGGAGACGGUUGUUGGUAACUUGAAGGCCAACUCUGCUAAUGCACACAAGGUUGCUGCCAAGUUAAUUGAUGUUGUUUCAGACGAACUUUUCACAGGAAAGUCUGGAUUGGGAAGCGAUUUGGAGGGCACCAUGAAGUUUGCUGUGAGUACCAGUCCACAUGGUGUGAAGAAAGAAUUGUUGGAGAAGAUGCACUAUUUAUUCCCUGGCUACUGGCCAGUGCAGUAG